AUGUCUACCGUUCAAGUUCUCCAGCAACCGAUCUGCAGGUGCGCAUUCGGUGGCUCCGUGUGCAUCUGCACAGCUGCGGGCUGCUUUUGCUCCGGCCCUUAUUGUGGGUCGAAGACUCUAGCAGAGAACGCAAACUACAAACACGCCAAAGAGACACGGGGCGAAGAUUUCGCAAACCAGAUUGCGGCGGCCAUGAACAAAGAUGCUAACGGUGAACCAGUAUCUGUGUCCAUGGGCAACGGCCCACCCGCCGGGCAACCAAAACCUCCUAAGCCAACCAACCCCGCCGGUUCGAAGAGCACUAGUCCUGGCUCUUGCUGUAUGGGUACCGACAAGAAUAAAGGGCCUGAAUCUGGUGCUCCUCAGGACCCUCGUGGUCCUAACCGUGGCCCUAGCCGCGACCCCAAAACUACCGAAGGACACUUAGCUGCAAACUUGCGGACUCCAAAUGAGGGCUUGCCCGCUUCUCCUUAG